CUCCCCCAAGAACUGAAGCACUGGAUAGAAGCAAGAAGUGAGCCUAUCCGGACACACACACACAGACACACGCACACACACAUACACGCGCAGGUCUGGCUGGGAACUGCACGCGUUAGCACUUCGCUCUUUCACUCUCACACUCCUUCACUGACGCACGCACUCACUCCCUCACUCACUCUCUCACUCAGGAAAGCUGCAUUGAGGUGACGAGGUGUGCGCUGACAGGCUUCAGUUAAAGGACAGGUUUAUAUAUAUGUGACAGUUGCGUGGGUGACUGCGCGUGUGUGUGUUGAGACUGUGUGGUGACAGUUGGGAUAGAUUGACGGGCGGAUAGAACGACAGUGAGUGAUUGCAUGGCGGCAUUGAAGAGAGAAGUUUGACAGCAAGACGCGAUUAAGAGACACCGGUGGACAGUAUACGAAGGAAGGAAAGGGACAGAAACAAGAGACAGACAGACAGACAGACGCGAGUGAAGAGGUGGAUACGUGGACCAAAAAAACGAAAAAAAAAAAAAAAAACGGAAUAAGACCAUAAAAACAGUGAAAUUUGACAGUGAAAGAAAGACGAUAAAAACAAAGUUAAUAAACAAGAAACAAGCAAGAUAGAAGAAAAACGAAGGAAAAACGAAGAAAAACAGCCUUUCACAACAGCGCACAGCAACAGGAGGCAAGAGACAGCAUUUCACUGCAGCCGGAGUGAGUGAAGCGGGUCACACAUACACACACACACACGGGAGGAAGAAAAGGAGGACUAGGAGGAGGAGGAGGAAGAGGAGGAGAGGGUGAAUGGACUAAAUGAGGAAGACGCCUUGAAGAAGAUAAGGACAGAACAAGGAACUAAGAGAGAAAGAAAACGAAGAAGAAGAAGAAGGAGAAGGAGGAGGAAGAAGAAGAAGGAAGAACACACAUUCACUUACACUCACUUCACUCGCUUAUAAACACACAAACACACGAAUUCACGCGUUCUCCGAGACGGCAAUAGUUCAAACACGUGACUAGAGAAAGAACCUCACCUCCUCUCUCUCUCUCUCUCUCUCUCUCUCUCUCUUCACAAUGCGUCCCAAACCAAGAGCUCUCCGUUGCAACUGUGUGUUCUGCGCCAAAGUUCCUGACAGUCUUAACACGAGAAUGGACUGUGAGGUGGAAUUGAACAGUCACCCAGACCACGCCGCCGCCGCCCUCGCCUUCCCGCCCAAGACUUUCAAACAGACCAGAAACUACGCCUCCAGACAACAGGAAGUGGCUAACAUCAGAAAUAAAUUCCCCAAUAAGAUUCCGGUGGUGGUGGAGCGGUACGCCAAGGAGACAACACUUCCGGUGCUGGACAAGACCAAGUUUCUGGUGCCACAGGAGCUCACCAUGUCCCAGUUUGUCACCAUACUCAGAAACAGAAUGCAGCUUCAGUCCACCAUGAGCUUCUACCUCCUGGUGAACAACCGCUCGCUCGUGUCCCUCUCCCGCCCCCUGUCUGAGGUGUACAGAGAGUGCAGGGAUGACGACGGUUUCCUCUAUGUCACCUACGCCAGCCAGGAGGUGUUUGGAUGAGAUGAGGUCACGUCGAGGUGCUCAAGCUUACUGCUGUGAUAGACGGCCCAGGGGUCACCGAGGGGGUGCCCGGGGUCAAGGUCACUCAUGGGAGGUCAAGACAGGUCACGGGGUCAGCAACCACCUUAGCUGACCUUCACUCUAUGGUUGCUACUAUUACUACGACUACAACUACGACUACUACAACGACUGCUGCUACUACUACUACUACUACUACUACUACUACUACUACUACUACUACUACUACUACUACUACUACUACUACUACUACUACUUCGACUACAACUACUACGAAUACGACUAUUUCAAGGGUCUCUUCUGUAUUGCAAGUCUUCCACUGCUACUACUACUACUACUUCUACUACUACUACUACUACUACUACUACUACUACUACUACUACUACUACUACUACUACUACAACCACCACCACCACUAUUUCUUCUGGAGUGACAUAUCAUAGUGUUCUGUGCGCCGAUGACUCUUUACUUUUUUUUAUAAUUCUUUCCUAUUUUAAGUUAGUAUCAUCAUCAUUGUCACUAUCAUCGUUGUCACCAUUACUGUCAUUGUUAUUAUCAUCAUCACCUCGCCACUGUCAUGGAUUUUAUCAGUGUGUGGAUUUCUUAUGGUUUAUGUGUAAGAGUGUAACUGUUAUCAUCUUCAUUAUCAUUCUUAUCAUUAUUAUUAUUAUUAUUAUUAUUAUUAUUAUUGUUAUUAUUAUUGUUAUUAUUGCUGGAUUGGUGUUUUUAUUAUGAUUG